GGCUCAGAGGGACCCAGAUUUCUCGGCCUCUGCGGCCUUAGGCGUCUCUCCCAUCUUUCGCCACCCUUUUCGGAAGGCUGUCGGCGUAGGCAUGGGUCCAGACGUGCAAAGCGAGCUCGCCGAGUGGAUGAAGCGGGUGGAGUCCAAGCUGGACGGCGUCGCCACGGCGCUCGACUGGCAGCGGAUCGCGAAGCCCGUGGAGGGCCUGGCCCCACUGGCUGGGGGGCUGGAUCUCGGAGGGGGGACUGUGAACAUGAUCUUUGGGAGGUCCGCGCGGAUUUCUCGGAUCGGCGAUGGGCCCUCCUUCUUCGGCGCGCGGACCGCGCCAGGAGCGGCGCCAGAGGCGCCGCCAGGGAGUUCCAGCGCAGAUCCAAGAAAGUCGCGCGGAGUUCCGACGGGUUGUGUCGGUCGUUUUUGUUGCUCGAGCAGGCUCGAGGGGCCAACUUCGAGCGCGGGUCCUCGAGCUUGUUCGACAAGGAGCGGUCGGGCACUCUCGAGCGCGGGUCCUCGAGCUUGUUCGACAUGACGCCGUCGGGCCCCGUGGCCGCGGCAGUGCCACAGGAUUCGCCGCGCAGCCGUGGCGGUCAGCGUGGUACCCAGCCACCAGAUGCCAGCGGCAGGAGCUGCGAGAAGGAGGCGGCCCGAGUGGGCACGCCGCGGAGUCAAGGCCACGAGCCCCCUUCACCAAGCAGCCCUCGCGAGGACUGCUCCUUCGACGAAGAUCAAGUCACGCACGACAGAAAGCGAGGGAGUAAACAGGACGGGACGGAAAGCUGGAGCAGUAACGGGAGCCUGUUCAGGAAGGUGUCGAGGAGGCUGACCAAGGUUUCGAGGGAGCAGGAGCUCAUGAAGCGCAUGAAGUCCGAGGAGUUCGACUCUGAGUUGGGCAGGCAUGUGAAGUCUCGCUGGUUUGACUGCAUGGUCACCCUCGCAAUCGUUCUCAACUCGUUGGUGAUUGGGGUGGAAGUGCAUCUACGGGCCACCUCGAACACAACUCCCGAGUGGUUCGACCAUAUAGAAAUAGUGUUCACGAUGGUCUUCACAGUCGAAAUCAUCAUGCGGCUUUUUGUUUACCGCUCCAGGUUCCUCACCGAUAGCGACGAGCGUUGGUGGAAUGUGUUCGACUUGAUCCUGAUAGUUGCCGCCUGGGUCGACUUGCUGCUCAACCACAGCAAUGCAGAGUCCGGUGUACUCUUCUCAAAGAUUGGGAGGCUCGUCCGGAUGUUCCGCAUCAUACGCGUCAUUCGCACAGUGAGGUUUAUCUCACAGCUUCGGGUGCUGCUGCUCAUGAUUAUGGGAACGCUGCAGUCGCUAUUCUGGUUGUUGGUAAUAUUGCUUGGCAUGAUCUACGCCUUCUCCAUAAUACUGACGCAGGGCGCCACGGACUACCUGCAUUCCCUUGACAAUCAAGUGCCUACCGAUCAUGAGGAUGUAAGCCUCCUGUUCGGUUCACUGUUCCAGACCAUGUACACUCUGUUCCAAUGCAUGUCUGGAGGCAUCAACUGGGGCGUGGCCUCAAACUUGAUGAGCGGGCCUGGCUGGGUCAUGCAGACUGUCUUGGUUGUGUUCAUGUUCUUCACCCUCUUCUCGGUGGUGAAUGUAGUGAAUGGCCUCUUCGUCGACAGCGCUAUUGAGCUCGCCAAGAACGAUCGGAUGGUGGCGGUGCAGAAGCAGCGGCUCGAUGAUCGAGCGAAGGAAACUCAGCUUCUGGAUUUGUUGAAGGUCAUGGACAGCAAUCGCGACAACAUUGUCACCUUCGAAGAGUUCGAAGAGAGCUUGAAACAAGAGGAGAUCAUCGACUACUUUUCCGCGCUGCGCGUCGACAUCGAAGACGCAAAACAGUUUUUUGUUUUGUUGGAUCUACAAGGUAGCGGGUCUGUCGACAUUGUCCAGUUCGUGACAGGGAUGGAGAGGCUUCGAGGGGAGGCCCGGAGUGCCGAUCUACACAUCGUGCUGCAACAGAACAGGAUGGUGAUGACGAUGCUGAGCAAGCUCGUGAGGAUCCUCGGCGACUCGACAGAGGUGUCGUAUUAGGGCGUGCCUAUCGGGCCGCUGACAAGUAGAUGAUCGACCGAAUGUGUUCCAGUCCGAUGCAACAGGCUAGCUCUGCGCUGGCCCGAGUCUAAAUGGCAGCGGCCCUGCUUGCUGUCUCCGUUGCUACUGCUACCUGCACGCACGCUCAGGGGGAGAUGCUCUGGUACGUUCUCCUUCGAAGACGUCUUGUUGACAUUCAUCGCUGUUCCUCAUUGUCAGUCUGCGUGCGCUGGCGCUUCCUAGGCAGCGCGUUCCGCGCCAGAUUGGUCAGGGAGCGUUUCGUCCAGACGCAAUGUCCCAGUGCCCGGGGAGACCGCACUCCCGGCAGACAUGGUAGCUUAGCGUCCUGGUGCUGCUCGGCUCGUCGUCGCGCCUGUUUUUGUUCCGAUGCCACGGAGCACUGCUGCCGGUACCAACCCGGCUCGAUCCGGCAGAGGCGCUGUCCUUCCGGCACCGAUCCGGAUGCAGCGUCUGUCUCUCCGUGCUUGUACACAACCUUCCGUGCGACUCGCCCCUGGUUGCCAAUCUCGAACAAGAUGUCGGCGCGCCCAGCCUGGGGAGCUGCUUUAGUGGGGUCGUUUGGCGAUACGUCUCUUUCACGAUUGGCAACCACCUCCACGAACAAGGCUGCUGUGACGGAUGCAUACUCACAGACGUACACAAAACAACACAAACAUUAUUCUUAUAUCACAACUAAUUACAGUCUCAAACUGAUCGUUGUUGAAUGCUCAUGUCGAACCACUGAUUAUGGUUGAUCCCUCAUCCCUGGUGCCCGUUUUGUUUUUUUCAACUGACGUGCUCACCCUGGGGCUCGCACUCUGUUUCUUACAAGGGAAAUCCUCGAGACUCAGAAUGCGUUGUUUGGCGCCCAGUUGUAACAAAAUCGGCUCCCGCUUGAUGCGGCUGCCGCCUGAUAUGGGCCCGUCUUCCCUAGAACAUUUUUUUUCGCUGGAGAUUUGAUCUCGGCCUCCAAGCGUCGGCCUUCUUGUCGACUGGCGGGCAGAUUGUCUGCGGUGCUGGUGUCCCGCCAGGCGACGACAGUUUGCCUGCCAGGCGCUUCGCCCCUCAGAGUCUUACGAACCGUCGGCCCUCUGUCGCAUCAACGCGGUGACAGCAGGCCUGGCAGCGCAGCCUGUUGUGUGCUAUGCCAUUUGUGUGCGACGUUGAAUUGUGGUCUGCUGACUGGAGUAAUGGCAAUUACAAUGCAUGGCUGGUCUGUGGCGAAUGUAGAGGCAGGUGUCUGGCCCUCGCACAGCGCUGAUGGUCAUUUCGCCAGCCGCCUCGCCGGCAUCCUCGCUGGCGGUAUGGUGGUGGGGGCGGCCGUUUUCGUUUCUCCCCAUUCCCUUUCCUCGUCCCUUGUCCUCCUUCGUCGUCCUCGUCUUCUCCCCCUCGCAUUGACGCCCUCUACACGCUUGUGUGGCUUCGCAUGCCCUGAGGCGCUGCUGAAUUUUCUUUGUGCCCAACCUCAAGUUGGGGAGCUUGUCGCGGAGCUCUCGGCAGGGCGCUGUAGCGAGCGUUCGGCGCCUAUCCAGUAGCAUCGGAGGCUUGCCGCCAGCAUCGGCGCCUGUCCAGUAACAUCGGAGGCUUGCCGCCCGCCAACAUCCGCUGGUCGAGAGCGAGCCUCUUCCGGUCGAAGCUAAGCGGGCCGCGCACAGGUUUAAUUCACGGAGGAAGGAAAUUAUUCCGGCGAAGGACCCAA